AUGUCAGACCGUGGUCGUGAUCGUGACCGUGACCGUCGAGCGGAUCCGAGAGAUUGGGAUGAGUGGCAUUCAAACCGUCGUAGGGACUCUUACAUGGAUACGGAUAGAAGGAACGACAAGUAUGACGAUUCACCUAGGAAGUAUGAUAAACAUCAUCCCUACGAUAAAUAUCAUCCUGAUGAUAAACAUCCAGAAGAUAAUAGACGGUUUGAUAAAUAUUCAAAUCUUCCUUUAGAUUCUUAUCGACCUUCAGGUAGGGGGAGGGAUGAACGUUUGGAUGAACGAGUUAGGGGAGAUAGGUCUUUAGGGAAUGUUAGAAGACCAAAAAGUCCUAGUAUACCACCACCUCCUAUACCUACUUCUCCACCUCCUUCUUCCAGUGGAGCAAUGGGUGGAAGUGGCGGCGGUGGUGAUUCUGGGAGUGGUCUGGUGGGGAUGACGGUGAAGGAGGAAGACCCGGAGUUAUUGGAAGGACCACAGAGUUAUGGUGUGGAGGAUAGAGGUAAGGGUAGAAUAUUGGGUAGAGGAAGGGAGAGGUCGGUAGAAAGAGGUCAAUAUAGUGGGAGGGAAGAGAAAAGAAGAAGAGGAAAUUCUUCUAAUUCGGAAAAACGACCAAGAAAGAAGGAUGAUGUGCGAGAAGAUGGGGAGAGGAGGGAUAAUAGUUCAGAUUCCACUUCGGAUGAAGAGGGUCAGUUGAAGAGGGAGACCAGUGCGGCGUCGUUGAAAGAGUUUAUCCUUGCCAUUCGAGCGUCCAUCUCGACUUCUUCCUCACUCGACCUCGCAAUCCAACAUCUUCAACGUCUCUCUUCCUUCCGUCUCUCCUCUCCUGAACUCCUGGAUGCCGCCCGAUUCCGGAUCCGUGACUUGGAAUCAGAGCUGAAAACGAAACUGUUCGUCGCUCAGAGGACGUUUGGGAGAUUGAUGCGUCAUAGUCUUUCCAUACCGGGGGUAAAAGAGGGUGAUAUGACAGGUUUGGAUCUGGAUUGGGUGAAAGAUAGGUUGGACGGUAUGGAAGAGAAGGUCAGGGAGGUUUCUGAUCAGGUUGUCGGUGGUGUACGGGAUUCGAGGAUGAUUAGGGAGGACGUGCAGAUGAGUUGGGAUGGUUCUGGGGGAGUGAGAGGUGCCAGUGGAGAUUUUUCAGGAGAGGUUCAACCAACGUCGGGACCUUCAAGACCCAUACAACAAUUCCCAUCUACAGGGCCUACUGGUCCUGCAGGUUUUUCUGGUCCAGUGGCCCGGUCUGGUCGAUUGGGGUCUUUUGACCAGCGAAGAUCUUCCGAUCCUUCUCGUCAAACAAUCCCCGAAGGUGAAGCCCAAGAUUUAGCAGAAACAGCCGAAGACGUCGACAUGAUCUCAGAUGACACCCGUCAAGCAAAACGUUCCCGAGCGAGACGUAUGUUGGAAAACAUGUUAGAACGUCUUGAAGCGAUAGAAAUGAGGAGUGAAGAGAUCGAAAAUCAAUUGUAUUGUUUCGAGGGGAAUCAAAGAGAUCCAGGGAUAAAAAGCUGGAAAGAAUUGUUAGAUCUACGGGAUCCAGAUGGUCGGUUGAGAGGUGCGCGUGGUGGUGAUUCUGUCAGGGUGAGACGACGUAUUGGUGAUGAUGCUCUUGGAGCACUUGGUUAUGAGAAGGCUGGAGAGGUAGGUGGGGUACAUGUGAGGGGUACGAGAAGGGGUAAGGGGAUGAUGAAAGGUAGAAGUUUGGGGGGAAAUGAUCUUGCGGAGGGCAAGAACGAGUCAGAAGGGAUGGAAGUGGAAGUUGGAGAAGAAAUCGAAGGUAAAGAUAAUGUGUUUGGUAAGAAACAUGGACAAGAAGAUCAGCUGGAAAUGGAGAUAGUGGAGAUUGCUUCUUCCGAAGAAGGAGAAAUAGCAGAUGAUGUGUUAUUGGGUAUGGAGGAAGAAGAGAAGUAUAGGGAUGAAGACAUAGGACGUGUCAUUUCGGUAGUUGGUAAAUUGAGAAGGAGAGUAGCAAAGUUAGAGAGAGAAGUGAGGGAUUUGAGGGGUAGUCAGACUUCUCAGGUCUCAACUGGGCAAACAGGGAUUGCAGAAGAUGGUCAGAGUGGAGUCGCUGAGGGAGGAAAAGAAGGUGGUACAGUGGGUAAAGGAGAAGGAGGAGGUGGAGAGACAAAAGCAGAGUUGGGAAGUGAUGUUUUGGAGAGAUUGAAACUGGAAUUGAGAGAGGAAAUGGUUGGUGUUGCAAAGAGGGAACUUCAUAAAAUGGCAAUUACAUAUCGACUUUCCGCCCAGCAGCAGCACCAACAACAACAACAAGUACAUUCCAGAACACCUUCAAAUCCUAAUCCUCCAAAUGUUAAUCCCACCAUCGGUACGCAUGUUGAUUCUCAACUUCGACGAUCUUCUGAUCCAACGACUAUACUUCCACCUAAUAGAACUUCAAUAAAUCCACAAAAUACGUUUUCACCUCUUAAUAAUUUCCAAGUGGUAUCGAAUUCUCCUCUUAAUACUAUGCAGACAUUAUCAAAUUCUCCAAUUAUCAAUACCAAUACCGUUUCUCAACAUCACCCUCCAUCUCAACUUCACCCUCAGCCUCAAGCUCUACUUCAAUCGCUUUCGCAAGCUUCGACUCAAAUGCAAUCACAAAACCAAAAUCAACGAUCUAAUUCUAUUGGACAAGGUCCUUCCAUACAGACUUUCGCUGCUCAAAUGAACCAAAUCCACGGUGUUUCAAAUUCAUCAGGUCAAAGUUCAAAUUACGUCCAAAACCAGACUGUGAAUUUGAACCAAGUUCAAAACCAACAGUUAUUCAAUAAUAAACCUUUGACGGGAGUGUCAACUUCUCAUAUUCCGUUUCAAAGAACUACUUCACUUCCUUCUUCUCCACUUUCAAACACACCAAGACCUCCUUUACAACCAUCAUUCCCAACUUCACAAUCUUUUUCCGGAACGAAUUCUCAAUCUAUCCCACAGAUACACUCAAACUCAUAUUCAAACUCCCACCCGAACCCGAACGUAAACUCUAACCCAACUAUCAACCCGAAUCUGAUUCAUCAAAUAAACCAAAUUCCCAAAACAGGUUCUAUACCAGGGUUCAUACCGAUAGAACAAUUCGCGAUUGAAGUUUACCCACAUUAUCUCAGCUCAGCACAACAAAACGGUCAUGAUCCAGUACAAUUAGUGAAAAGUCAAGAUGCUUUGAAUUUCGCUUAUCGUGAGCAUUUUAGAAGUACAAUGGAGAAAGCUACUUUACAUUUGGAUAAUCAACAAAAAGGUUUGAUCCAACAACAACAACAACAACAACGUGAGAAUGGAAUGGUUUCUCAGUUAUCUCCAGUGGGACAACAUCAUAAUAUUCAACAUCAACAUGUUCAAAUGACACAUGUUUCCCCGGUUCAACAACAACAGAUGAUACAAUCUCAAAGACCUCAAAUGACACACGUUUCACCGAUUCAACAACAACAGAUGGUACAUUCUCAAAGACAACAAUACACUCAACAAUCUAAUCAUAUGUCUAUCCCACAGAAUCAAAUUCGCACUCUAGCUCAAUCGGCAGAUCAAAGACAGAUCGAGCAAUAUAAUCAAAUUAUCAGACAACAACAACAACAACAAUUCCUGGCAGAUCAACAUCAAUCUCAACAACAGGUUAAUCAGAAUAAUCAAUCUGUUCAUGGACAAAACGUAAAUUACCCAAAUCAAUCGAUACAGAAUAACAAUGGUCAAAACCAAAUGGGACGGGAUGAUUCUCCAAUUUUACCUAUCACCUCUACGCAAGAGAUUAUAUCUUUGGGACCAACGACGAGCAUGAACUCUCAGUCGUCUGGUGGGAAUACGGGGAAUGAUGUGAUAGAGGGUCAAGGAGGGAAAGAAAAGGAAGUAAAGGUGGAACAUGUGUGA